GUGCGCCUUGCCUUGCGGCAACCAGGUGUCUCCGUCUCCCCAUUGCCCGCCUCGAGGAUAUCAAACAAUCAGCUCUAAACUCGGUCUGGUCAACGAUAUCUCACGAUUCCCCCUUGAAAGGGCGCAUUCCCGGCCUCCCAAGGUUCAUGUUCACCUCGUGUUCUUAAUUACAACGACGCUUUAUCAUGGCCCACACACCUUUCAGCUCGAGGAAUCAACCCAACCCUUCCUCGAGAUCCCGCAUGCCUUCGCUCUUCAACACGAUUCGAGCCUCCAUCUAUGGCUCAGUGCUCCUAUUCACGGUCAUCUGCCUGGCCAUGGCUGGGCAUUUCCAGAGUGUAUUGGCAGCGUCUGACCUCACUCGUUUCGUGCCCUUUGCAAUUUUCGUAUGCACCGCAAGUCUAUUUAUAUUCAUGAUUCUGGUUUUGUUCAGCGCACUCUUGCGUGAGCGUAAUCCGAUAUCCACCCGGAUAGAGUUGGCAAGUUUGGGGUUGGCAGGGGUGUUCUGGCUUGUUCUUGGGGUGUAUCUCACCACCUCAGAAUCCCAGGAUGCCGAUGUGGAGUGCUUCGCUUUGGAGGAUAGUGCGGUGCCAUUGGAAGACGAGAUUGCAAACUUCCACACAGAUCAGUUCCAAGCGAUGUACAGAGUCCUCACCUCGUUUUCCUUGAUCAAUGCCAUCCUCGUGCUUGCCUCUUGUCUUGUGCUCUUGGUCCUCGCUUUACGGAGACACAGGAACGGAGAUGAGCACAUGUGGCAUGGCCCAGUGACCUCCUGCGCUUGGUUCAACACCUACGGUUUCAAGAACAGCGGCAAACAAUCCGGAGGACACGGGAAACAAACUUCCAUGUCCGGACUCUUGCCGACCACCACAGCUACGACGUACACGGAGAAACCACAGCGCAAGGCUACCCGUGAAAGCAGGAGAAGCAACUCUACGCGAACGCAGAUGCAAGAAACGAAUCGCAGUCCACGAACACCCUAUCGCUCGAACGCGAACAAUCCUUACGUCAAUCACGCCAAUUAUGAAGCUCCUUUGCCCAGUCUACCUCGGCAGGCCCGACACAACUCUAGCCAAUCUGCGUCACUUCACGACUUUGAAGCUGGUUUGAUGCUUAACCCCUACAGCCAUAGAACGGGGCGGAGUGGACGGGGAACACGAUGAUGAAUGAACGAUAGUAUGUAUUGACGGCAGCGGACAUUAUUAUUCCUUUCCAGGGGGAGGCUUCUU